AUGCACUCCAGGUAUCUUGUCUCUGGUCUUCCCAGGGUUCUCCCUCCCCUACCACCCUCGCCUGCUCCUCCCUGUCUUCCCUGUGUCGAGGGGCGGCAGCGCGCUGCUCCUCACUCUUCCUCGUUCCCUCCCACAGAGGCUCCCCUGCAGACUCUCCACCUGGACGUGUGGGGCCCCGCCCGCGUCCGGGGACAGGGCCACGAGCGGUACUUUCUGCUGGUCGUCGACGACUACACGCGCUACACCACGGUCUUCCCCUUGCGUACCAAGGGUGAGGUCCCUGAUGUCUUGAUCCCCUGGAUCCGCGCUGCUCGUCUCCAGCUCCGCGACCGGUUCCAGUCGGACUUUCCUGUCCUGCGUCUGCACUCUGACAGAGGUGGCGAGUUUUCCUCUGACCUCUUGGCAGCCUACUGUGCGGAGCACGGCAUCCGCCAGACGUUCACUCUCCCGGCCUCUCCGCAGCAGAAUGGGGUUGCUGAGCGCCGCAUUGGUCUCGUCAUGGAGGUCGCUCGUACCUCCAUGAUCCAUGCGGCUGCUCCCCAUUUCCUGUGGCCGUUUGCAGUGCAGUACGCCGCGCAUCAGCUCAACCUUUGGCCCCGUGUCUCUGUUCCGGAGACCUCGCCUACCCUGCGGUGGACGGGGGAGGUUGGCGAUGCGUCGGUGUUCCGAGUCUGGGGAUGUCGAGCCUUUGUCCGCGAUACGUCCGCGGACAAGCUCUCCUCCCGUGCCGUUCCCUGUGUCUUCCUUGGCUUUGUCCCUGACGCGCCUGGCUGGCAGUUUUACCACCCUACCUCGCGCCGUGUCUUUACCUCUCAGGACGUCACCUUUGACGAGUCGGUACCCUUUUACCGUCUCUUCCCCUACUGCACUGCCCCGCUUCCCCCCCGCCGCUCUUCCUCACCCCAGUUAGACCCGGUCGACCCUGUCGAGGUAGCUGUUGACUCUGGUCCUGCGCGAGGUGCUGAGCGUGCUGAGCCUGGUGGUGCUGGGUCUGGGGGUACUGAGCCUGGGGGUGCUGAGCCUGGGGGUGCGGAGACUGGGGGUGCUGAGCCUGGGGGUGCGGAGACUGGGGGUGCUGAGCCUGGGGGUGCUGCGACUGGGGGUGCUGAGCCUCGAGGAGCUGAGGCUGGGGGUUCUGCGACUGGCCGUACUGCGCCUGUUGGCGCUCCCUCUUCACAGCAGCUGCGUGAGUGGUACUCCCAGCAUUACAGCCUCUGUCGUGGGGCUACUGGAGCUGGGGGGUCUGCUGGAGUUGGGGCUGGUGGCCCUGCGGGUGCAGUGUUGCAGCCGGAGCCUCCCUCCCCUCAGCGGCUACGUGAGUGGUACGCUCGGCGCUGCAGCCUCCGGAGUGGAGCUCCUGGUGUUGAGGUACCGCCAGCUGGAGGCCCUGCUGCUACUGGAGGUCCUGGAGCUGCUGGAGGUGCUGCUGGUGCUGGUGCUGCUGGAGGUGCUGGAGCUGCUGGAGGUGCUGCUGGUGCUGCAGGAGGCUCUGGAGCUGCUGGAGGUGCUGCUGGUGCUGGUGCUGCUGGAGGUGCUGCUGGUGCUGGAGGUGCUGCUGGUGCUGCUGGAGGUCCUGGAGCUGCUGGAGGUGCUGCUGGUGCUGCUGGAGGUAUUGGAGCUGCUGGAGGUGCUGCUGGUGCUGGUGCUGCUGGAGGUGCUGCUGGUGCUGGAGGUGCUGCUGGUGCUGCUGGAGGUCCUGGAGCUGCUGGAGGUGCUGCUGGUGCUGCUGGAGGUCCUGGAGCUGCUGGAGGUGCUGCUGGUGCUGCUGGAGGCUCUGGAGCUGCUGGAGGUACUGCUAGUGCUGCUAGAGGCUCUGGAGUUGCUGGAGGUGCUGAUGGUGCUGGUUCGGCGGGAGGUUCUGGUGCUGUCUCUGCUGCUUCUGGGGGCACUUCACGGCCGCGGCCGUACUUCGUUCCGCUCCUUCAGCAGGUUCUUGGUCAGUCGCCUCCUCCUAGUCCUCCUCCCUCCUUAGCUUGUCCUCCGCCUGUCCAGUCGCAGUCGCAGCUACCACCUGCCUCGCCACUUCCUGGUCCCUCUCCCUACACUGGUCCGACAGGCGGUCUUACAGAGCGUCGUGAGCCUGAUUCUCGUCCUGCGUCGCCUGUGUCUCGUCCAGUGUCACCUGUUCGUGCUGCCUGCACUGGUCGUCGUGUUCCGCAGUCUGACUCUCUUCGUGCUGCCAGUCCUACUGUCACGCGUCUCCUGGCCACUGUUGUCACUGACCCUUCCUUUGAGACUGCUGCUGCGUCUGCCCUAGUUGCUGAGCUUGUCGACUUUGCUGCUCGCUGUCGUCUAGACUACGCCGCGAGUCUUGUUGCUGAGUCUGAGUCUGUCUGUCCUCCGUCCGUCGGGGGUGAGUGUGCUCUUGGCACGGACGUCCUUGAGGACAGGCAGGAGGAUCUUACGUGUCUUGCAGCCGCUGCGCCUCAUCUCGUGUCCAUGCUGCUUGCCCCUGAGGGAGACCCGGAUGCUCCAGACAUCCCUACCCCGCGCUCUUACGCUGAGGCGAUUGCGGGUCCCUACUCCUCUCAGUGUGGCAUGUGGAUUUUAAGGGUGAAGCGGCUGCCAGGUUCUCCGCCUGUCUUCAAGGCUCGUUACGUUGCUCGAGGCUUCAGUCAGCGAGAGGGAGUAGACUUCUUUCAGACCUUCUCCCCCACCCCGAAGAUGACCACUCUUCAGGUGCUGCUGCACGUUGCUGCUCAGCGUGACUAUGAGCUUCACUCUCUUGACUUCAGCACAGCUUUCUUGCAGGGCACCCUGCACGAGGAGAUCUGGCUGCGCCGCCCUCCUGGCUUCACCGGGUCGGUUCCUCCUGGUACCCAGUGGAGCCUCCGGCGGCCGGUCUACGGUCUCCGCCAGGCGCCACGUGAGUGGCAUGACACACUGAGGACUACUCUUGCGGCACUUGGGUUCGCGCCUUCUACUGCUGACCCGUCGCUGUUUCUGCGCACCGACACUUCGCUGCCGCCGUUCUACAUCCUCGUGUACGUCGACGACUUGGUCUUUGCCACUGCUGACACUGAGGCUCUCGCCCACGUGAAGUCGGAGCUGCAGAAGAGACACACGUGCACAGACCUGGGUGAACUACGCAGCUACCUUGGCUUGCAGAUCACCCGGGACAGAGCACGCCGCACCAUCACACUGACUCAGUCACACAUGGUGCAGCAGGUCCUUCAGCGCUUCGGCUUCACCUGGUCCUCAGCACAGGCCACUCCUCUGGCUACAGGUCACUCGCUCUCAGCUCUGCCUUCGGAUGAGUCCGUAGAGCCGAGUGGUCCUUACCCAGAGCUAGUUGGCUGCCUCAUGUACCUGAUGACUUCACUGGUCCUGACCUAG